AUGCCAGCCCGGUUCCCAUUCACGCCUUUAUUGAAAACUGAGACUAGCAAGUCUCAGUCCGACUCACAGCCCGGCUGCCAACUCCUCGUCCAGAAACCAGGUGACCGCGGUGUCUGGGCGCUCGGGACUAGCUACAUCUUAAAGCACCGGCCGUACACCCCAGGUUGUGAGAUCGAGAUUCAAAAUGCUGACCUCGUUAGGAGGAGACUCGGGGAAAGGCAAGGCAUGCCACCAAUCCCUAAAACGGAACUACAUUGGAGGGAUGGAGAUAGAUAUUUCACCAUGGAGAGUCGUAUCAAGGGCGAAUCGCUUGAUAAUGCUUUACCAAGCUUAACACAGGAAGACCUCACUCGCAUCGGCCAACAGGUAGGUCAGUAUCUUCUUGGUCUCAAGACUAUCACUUUGCCACAUACAGCAAGGCUUGACGGACGAUUGGUUAAUGACUGGCGUUUAUUCAAGCCAUUACCUGAUUCAUCCUCUGGAGACUACUUGGUCUGCACAACGGAUAGUGAGCUUGCCUCUAAUUUGGCGCUCCCUAUCGCACAUCGACUUGAUAAACCAAACCUCGACGCAUUCAUGGCUAAAAUGCCCUCUGGUCUGCCAUUUACCUUUAGUCAUUCUGAUGUGCACGAAGGAAAUAUCAUGAUUAAUGACGGCAACUUCGCCGGGCUUGUCGACUGGGAGCUAGCAGGCUUCUACCCGUCGUGGUGGGAAUAUGUAAAUAGUAGCCCGCUGUUGAGCGAAUACUUUCCGGUCCAAAUGCAGAACCACUAUGCGCUAGAAUGGUUUCGCGUCUACCACAGUAUCCGAGAUAAGACUAAGGAGGAGGGCGCGUUUAGGUUGAGCGAAUACCUCGCAGGGAGAGCUUGGAGUGGCGCGUAG